AUGAUCCACGUUCCCUACGACGAAGGCAAGGCCCUUAUUCUCUGCAAGCAAAGACACUUUGUGCCUGGCUGUCUCUACAUCUGGACCAAGAACAAACAGUACGAUCAGAUAUUGGAGCAUUACAUCCUCGAAAAUGAUUUUGAGUCGAUAAUGAGGACCUGCGAAGAGUACGGAGAUGAAGCGCCUUUUCUGUGGUUCGAAGCCUUCAAGUACACCGUCGACAAGCCCGAAUUGGGUGACAAGCUACCCGCGAUUCUUUCACAACUCGAGGCACGCAAUUUGGCCUCUCCGUUGGUCGUGCUCAAAUUCCUCUCCUCCGUGGACGCCAAAAAAUGCCACACAUUCGGCAGCAUCAAGGUAGGUGAUGAUGCACUAGCUAGAUUUAACCCCUCUGCACUCCGCGUGCGCUUGCAUCUGCAGACUACGCCAAAAUCACGCCCGGAAGUUGGGCGUCAAACGACGGCAGUUUUGCGGCUUUGCUGUCGCCUCGUCUGCUCCCAGCCCACCGGAAGUUUCAGUGGCGCGCAAUCCAAUUUGGCACUCUUGCUGGGAGGGGGAGAAGGUCUUUUGUCUCUAUUUGUGCGUCUCCUGACGACGCGUCGAUAUGUGGCUGUCGCCCACAUCCUGCGUUACCUAAAAUCGAGCAAGGCGGAAAUAGACGCUAAACAGGCGGAAAUGCAGCGACUGCGAGAGGAGACCCUAAGGAAUCGUGAGGUCGUGCGACAGAGUAAAACAAGGCAAGUCUCCCUCACUCCCAUUGUGCAUUGUGUGUCUCGGCGCCGAAAUUGGCGACAGUUUGUCCUCCAGUUGUUAGGCGUUUCCGUCCUUGUGAAGAUCGUCUUGUGGACUUUCGUGGACUGCCAGCAAAAGCAGCUUCAAACUGUGGACUUCCAGAUCCUGGAAGACUUUUACAAGAACCUCCUCAUGAUUCAAAGCGUUAACUGA